GAGGCAUUGUUUCCGACGAUCCAAGAGAAAAAGUCCAUUGUUGUAGCGAACUUUUUAAUCUGGGGAUUUAAAGCCCAUCACAUGCUCAGACGGAGCUCCAGCAUUGAGGAGGAAACCAUUCAUCCCGACAGGACUGGGAAACGCAUUUUUUUACGCACUGCGAUGCCGCUUGGGCACCUUUCGGGACUUCAGGAUCGUUAAACUUUCUCUUUUCUCUGGAGCAGCAUUGUUGGAUAAACAUGACGCACAAGUACAGCCAGCGGUCUCUGAUCGUCCUGUCUUUACUGGGGAUUUUAUCCGCCAUCAUGUCGGUGUUAUCGGUGAUUCUGAUUUUCCAGCUGCAGUCCCAGAAGACGACGGUGAAGGAGUCUCCCCCGUCCACGUCCACGCUGCUCCCCGCUCAUGUAUGGGCCGUGCUGCUGCCGGUGGCCACGGUGCUCUCCGCGCUGUCGCUCACCCUCAACCUGAGCUCCGUGGUGGUGUGUUUGCUCCACAGCUACUUUUCCACGGAGGUCUGCAGAGGAGAGCAGGACACGGAGAGAGCAGACUGGUUCCUUUUGGACAGCAGAGCAGUACGACAUGUGGCUAUUGGACUCUUCUGCCUGGGAGUUUCUGUCUACUUGGCAGCUAUGUCCAUCUUCAUGCUCCUCAUAUUUGAGAUGGAGACCGGCAUUGCCAGUGCUUGCGUUCUGUCCUCUGGGAUCCUGAUCCUGCUGGUGGCUGUGAUACACUCCCUGGUCAAAGCUUCUCACACAGCCAAGCACUACCACAGCGACCGUCUGGACACUCUCUUUCAGAACGACCACGGCAGCAGCAGCACGCCAGUCUCUCGGCCCUGUGAGUUGAAGAUUGGCGUGGACAAACCGCGGAUGCACCGCAGCCAGUCUCACCUCCAGCAUCAGAUCUCCUUCUCUCAGUGUGGCAGCCCGAGACAGCGAGAACUGUAUCAACAACAGCAGUAUUCCCCUGCAGGAGGUUCACAGGGACACGCUAGUGAUAAAGACGGCUACAGCAGCGGCGGCAGCUGUCCUCGAAUGCACAGGACCCUGUCUACUGAAUCUGGUUUACUGCAGGCCCAAGUUAAACCCUGGAACGGGGUCAACAAUGAGAUGAGGAGUGUCCUUGCACGCAAGUCAGGGAUUUCUGCAAAAGACUCCACUCUUGUGUGA